AUGACUAAUAUCAUCAAAAUUCUUUCUAUUUAUUUCGUUUAUCUGCUAGGACGCCAAAGAAAAGACGGUGGUUUCCCUAUUAUCCUUCUAUCUACGCAACUGCAAGUAACUUCUUCUUCUUCCGUCCUGCAACUCUUCUCGCCAAGGUCCGAACUCUUCUCUCUGCCGUCUGAGGUGAACUCUUCUCUCUGCCUUCCGGGGCUGAACUGUUCUGCUUGUUUGGCCUGCAACCUUACUGCCUGUCUGGCCUGCAAUUCUUCGGCUUAUCUAGCCUGCAGCUCUUCUGCCUAUCUGGCCUGCAAUUCUUCGGCCUGUCUGGCCUGCAGCUCUUCUGCCUAUCUGGCCUGCAAUUCUUCGGCCUGUCUGGCCUGCAAUUCUUCGGCCUGUCUGGCCUGCAGCUCUUCUGCCUAUCUGGCCUGCAAUUCUUCGGCCUGUCUGGCCUGCAAUUCUGCUCCAACUUCUCUGCGGCUUUCGAGCAAUUUUCUUCUCUUCGACUUGGCUGCAACUUCUCUGCCUAUGUUCGGUGUUCGUUGGUUUCGCUACGAUGACACCAAAGAGACCACAGCAGGUACCCUAAUAUAUUUUUAUCUGUGUACACUGAACACCGGCCGACUACGCCCACUGCGCUUUACUACAAGUUAA